GCACUCUCAGCGCUCGAGCCAUCAGAGAUAUGUUGGGUGCCUUGCGUCUGGACGUGAAGCCCAAAACGAUAAAGGACACUAUAUCCAGCCUCGGCAUGCGUGCGGAUAAUCACGGCAUCAGGUUCGAAUGCUUUCACUUGUUGGUCAACUCGUUCCUGGGCGCCGCUGUUGUGUCAGAGGCCACGCUUGUAGAAGUUUUUGAGAAGCUGGCAGAAUCGAUUGACGUCCCAGUUAUCCAGGCGCCCGACGGUAACGAGGUCAAGGAUGCGCUGGCGCUCGCAGCUGAGAUCCAAGGCAGCUUCGACGUGGUCCAGCGCCCGAGCGUCUCUGUCUACUACGAGAUGCCCAAGUACGAUUUAGCAGUGCAGAUGGUGGAGCGAGACAACGAACUAACACUCUUGCAGUCCGAACUCAAGCAGGUGAAACGACGGCUGGCGACGACGGAGCAGCGCUUGGGGCUACACACAAAAAAAUCUCGGAUCCUACGCGACACCCACCGUUCACUUGUGCAGAAAACGAACUUCAGACCAGGCAAGCGCUGCGUCAGCAUAUGGGGCGGCUACCAUUUGGCGUACAAGAGGUCUCACGGCUGCAGCAGCGCACGAUCUGUCGUGGCCAUGUGUGCUGGCGAGGAGUGGCAGGGGUCCUUCACAGACGGCGCCAAGAACAUGGUCAUCCGCUUCGAGCAUAACCUGUCCAUUGCCAGGACCGUGGUCGUCAAAUCAUUCUAUGACUCGGUCAAUCACUUGCACGCGACAUCGAAUGAGAUAUGCAUCAACUACGCGAGGGCGGCUUCUCUGGACAGUGGGGAUAUGGUGGCGUUGAUUGGGAGCAAGUUGUUCAGCUUCGAAUUCUUCAUGUUCAGGGGCGACGCCACGAACCAAGAGGCAGUCGACAAGGCAAAAGUGUGGACAGGUGAAGCCAGUUACAUUGCAACAUGCCCAGAGGCGCUGAGCGACAUCAGCAGCGACACCAACUUCGACAGUGACGACCUCAAGCUGACAUUCUUUCGGGAAGUGCUGGACUUGCAGACAGUUCGGACGGGCGGUGCAAAAGAAACCACAGACUUGGUGACGCGACAGUUUCGCAAUGCGGGGCUUCCGACGUGGAUGGAGGCCGCAUGCCGAGAUGGACCUAGCUUUCGGAGUUAUCAUUUUUGCUUAGAUAGCGGACCUGACUGUGUAGGCCUCGUUCGAGCUGCAGUCGCAGCUGUUUCUAACGUCCGUUGGGUGAUGAUAUCUAGUUAUUUUUGCCGCUUCCAUCAGAACGCGCUGAUCCAGCAGAGCAUGGUUGAUAUCACGAACAAUUGGGAAUGGCAUACGCCCUGGGGAUCUUCUUCGUUUCUUUCUGGUUUGAAGGUUAUCGCGAACACUCUGAGAGGCACAGGCGUCCCACGGAAAGUCAGAGAAGCAGCUGCCGAGCUCAAGUUCCCACCCAAGGUUGUCAAAGAAUCUGUUGGCAACACCAUUCAUCGGGUUAUCGCGACGCGGUGGGGCUCCGUUGACGACAUCGAGAUGUACUUGAGGAAUGGUCGGCAUGUACUUGGACCCGCUGUCAGACGCACGUGGCCGAAGUUCGACGACACAGACGCAGACAAGACAAAGAAGAAGACAAAAAAGCUGGACGGUGAGGACGCUGAGUGGUACGAGAAACGCCGAAACUACCGCCAGACCACGGUUGCCUUGUUGAAUGACAAGUUGUUUUUGGGGACAGCUGAGAUCGACCUCGUCGCGAAGGGGCCCCUUGCUCAUUUCCAGCGUUGGGCGCAGCAGGAGAGCAAGAUUGAGCGAGAACACCGAUCGGAAGCAUCAAAGCAAGGGACCGCCUACACGGGUCCAACCUUCGUUUCUAAGUUCGUGUCGGGCAAGGCCAAGGUUAUCUUAGACGAGUUCAACGCCCUCCUGGACGACGACGCCAUGCUGACGCACUGGGUCGGCACCUGGAGUCUGAUUCGAGCUGACGAUGUACCAGAACAUGUCGAGGAGGCAUUGUGCUUGAUCGUGACCUUGGUGGUGCGUGGCGCUCUUGAUUGGGAACGACGGAUGUACGACCCCACGCAGAGGUUCCCACUCGACUUUCUCAACGUCUUGGAGGCGGACCCUGAGGAGGCCUCGGCUCCUCGCAAAGCCUUAGCCCAUCGGUUGAUGACUGCGUCCAAGGAGAACUUAGAGUGGCAGGAUGGCGUGUACAACUCCUUCAGCUUCAAGUUACGUGCCAUGUUCUAUGAAGAUUUCGUCAUCAUGCAGGGCACUGGUAAGUGCACGAGGAUGGUAUGGAUAUUUCUUUCAGGCUGGCGUGCGUUAUUCAAUGGCGAGACGCAGGAGAUCGAGGGCUGGAACAGUACGUUGAAGAAUAUGUGCGAACGGGCUCCACGCACUAAGGUGAGACUGGCAUCAGAUCGCCUCAAGAACAGAGUUGGCGAACGGACCCCCACCGACGAGGCCGUCGCAGUGCACAAGAAGGUCGUCGAGUUCUCAAAGACAGAUGCGAACAUGUUCCGCUUCAGCCCCCUCACAGACAAGGAGCGCGAUGCCAGCGCAGGGCCUCAUCCUGAUGCUGUCCCUCUUAUUGGAUCGAGCAAUGCGUCCACCACGCACUUCGUCGGUGACCUGCCCGACAAUGCCAGAGAAGCACUUCCGAUAUCUUAUAGCAUAUUUGAUGUGACUGACUUGGGAGCCAGGUAUGCGUAUGUGAUUGUCGGCCCAGACGCACCUGAUACACGCGCACUUGCUUUAGAUCGCAGCGUCGUAUUCUUGGCGGGGACUUCGCACUACAAGACGAUGUAUUGCGCAACUGGCCACGUGGACGAGCUAUGCCAUUUUCACUUGCACGUUCCAAUUGUCAAACGUACUGCGUGUGCUCUGGUUGGUGAGGCCCUACAUGCAUUUCACCCUCUUCCAGCUGGGCGGAAGCAGCGUCCUCGCUUGCAUCUGGUCCAGUACAUGUUGUCGUGGACGUCGUUGAAGGCCGCCUCGGUGAUCGCUGACACUGCCCAAGUGACGCCGCUGUUCAAGCGGGCCUACAAUGGCCCCAAGAAAAAGAAUACACACACAGUCGACGCCGAGGGCGGUUUGCCUGACAUGCUUGAGGACGACGACGGCUUCUCUGAGGAGCUUGAACGAUUGAUUGCCCAGGACGCCAUGGAGGAGGAGUGCGAGGACCUCGAGGGCGCCAGCGAGGGCCUCGACAGCGACGGCAAGGAUACGGACGUUGAGGACGACGCUGGAGAUCGACAGCCUGGCCCACAUAACCAUGCAGGGCCUGAUAAAAGCGACGUCUUUGACGCCAUCUCUGGCGACCACCGAGCUGAGCUUCUCCGCAACGUGAGGGGCGCAUGCGAGGCAAGCCGCACAUCUGCUCGGGACGCGAUGUACUUCGCUGAGGACUACGGCUUCAGGACUGACAUGUCAGAUGCUCCAGAGCGGGGCUUGGUAUCGUUGGUUGAAUUGCGAACAGUUGCAGAAGAUGGUCAAGUUCAUUACGAUGUUGUCUUUGUUGCUUGGGAGGGUGUUGGCAGGUCUGCAAAAAUAGCAAGGGUGGACCUCGAGCACCUGUGGUUCAAGUAUAACGUGCCGUUUGCGACUGAGCAUCUCAAGAGGGAGUGCGACAGGGACCACUGCAACAUCAUCAUCGGGAACGUGCCUGUCAGGAUCACGCGGCCCAAGGACUUGCGUGAGCGUGUGCCUGAUUGGUGCUUGCUAAUUAUGAAGGCCUUCGCGGCCGAACUGUUUUCUGGUCCGAUUGCUCGCGACUGUCUCUUCAGUUGCGACGCUCCCUGCGUUUUUUGUGCGUGCGCAGACACCAUGGGCAUGGAUGUCAGGGUCGUCGGCGGCGGUGGUGCGCAGCCCGUAGAGCACUUUGAUUCGUACAUAUGUUCCGAGUGCGUUGUGUACUGGCACAGCGCGUGCGCAGAGAACGUGGCACGUGCUUUUGGGAUGGGGCUACUCCCAGCGAUGGCAGCUGCCAGCUCCCAUGGCGACAUGGCGCUCGUGCCCAAGGGGCCCGAGCCCAAGAUUGCAGACCCGUCCACGUUGUUCCUUAACGACCGUGCGAGGUUUCCGACGAUAUACGACAGGUUCGUCGGCUACGUGGCGGGCCCCGAGCUCGAGAAUCUAGUGUUCAGGCUGUACGCGCGUCAACCCCGAUGGCUGCCCCUCGUGCACGAGGGCAAGUUCACCAUGACCAGGGACCCUGCCAACAGGUGCAAGUCAGUUGAGACGAUUGGCAUAUGCAAGGUCCGUAAGGGGCCAUGGGUAAUUCCAGCAGGCGAGAAUCAAUGGACUGUUCUACACUGGGCGAGCUUGCUUGAAGGUGCCAAGAUGGCGAUGGAGAAAGAUCCCCACAAGAAAAACAGGACGGUUUGGAUCGCUCUCGAGGCCGGUUGUGACUCUGCUGUGGAGUUCGACCCGAACUUACCAGACGAUGUGAAAGACUACGUCAUCGAGCUAGGCAACGCCACCAACGCCAGCACUUUGGUGGUUACGGUGCUCCAGGUGUUCAUGUCUACCGAGACGAUUCUUUCUGGAUGGGCAAUCCAGAAGGAAAAGGUAACUGCUACUGGUGACGGUUGUGGCGGGGCGCUUACGCUCUACGCUCGCAGGCAUGCCUAUGCCAACACUGUAUUCUCUGGCCGCUGGCGCUCACAGAACGCGCUCGACGUGACGAUCAACACCUACAACCUUUUGCAGACAACGAUGACAUCAGCAGGCAUUUCAAUUUGGGAUCAGAUGGUAUCUUAUUUCGAGACAAAGGCUGACUACAUGCAUGAGUACAUGAAGGACACGAACGCGGUCAUCCAGAACAUCAGUUGCAUUUGCAAGGUGCUGUGCUCUACUUAUCCCGACUUCGUCGUUCCUGUCGUUGCCCUCGUGAUCCCGCACCUCGAGUCUGAACCCCUCGGGGCGUGCCCAGCGCUGCCAGAUGGCAUUCCGCAGGGCAAGUUGCGAAAGCUGUCAGAGGCCAUGGUGAGGAACUUACUGGCGAGCAUGGCCGACAGCGCGACUAUGAAGGCGAAGGUCUCUGCGGGGUGCGCGUGCGCAUCGGAUGGGGACAACGACGUGUCUUUCCUGAGUGACGUGAUCCAGUUCACCGCGAUGCUCAAGCACAAGCUGAACGUCCCCCAGGACAACCUGAACGCAUACUCGUCGAUCCUGUGCUUCUGCCAGCUGACGAUCAGCAGAUACACCGCGAUGAAGCGCCACAUCAUCAACGCUGCAUUCAAAGCAUCUGGCAUGGCAAAGAAGCCCAGCGACCUUGAGAUCUACUACGCCGACGCAGGGGACGACAGCCAGCUUGCAGAGUCGCCCAGCAAGGCGCCUCUGGAGGAGAAGACUGACGAGACGCUCUUGGACACCUUCAAGACCUUGCAGGACAACGGUUCGGCGGCCCGCAUGAAGUCCUACCUGAUGGUGAACCCGAUCGACAAGCCGAUCCAGUUGCACAUGGCAGUCUGCGGGAUUACGAGCAAGGUCUACACGUCUAUGAUUGGAGCAUGCGGUGGUGCAGAGGGCAAGUCUGGAACUCCAGAUAGCCAACGUGAGCUGAUCGAAGAGGCCACGAAGCGCGUGGUCACUGCCGUCAUGGAUGAGAUGCCGUUGGCGUUCGACGAGAUAGUGAUAAACUUUGGACAAUUGUCGGAAUUCAAAUUUGCUUUGACAACUGUUUCAACCAGGAGCGACUAUGCCGACACGGAGCUUCUGAGGAAGACGUGCGAAGAGAUGGGCGUGAUCGGGGCCACCGGCCGCAAGAAGCUGAACAUGGUCAGGCUGAACACGUUCUUCGCAGUGUGCAGCACGUUAUCUACGAUGCAGGUCCCCCUCAACGGCACUCCGAAAUACAUGUUUGGCUUGCUGUCUGUGCAGGACGUCUUCAAGAAGAUCGCGGAGUCCAUCGAGAGCCAGCGGUGCGGAGCGCAGGAGCCCAUCGAUAUCAAGAUCAUCACCAAGGCCAUCGACGGCGACGUGUCCAUGGCUGUCUUCGGCGACUGUUUCAGCAAGGCGUUUGCUGAACUGGCGGUGACGGUGAACAAGGUUUGCCCGACCAAGGCGAAGGCGCAUCACACGCUCGUCGCGGGCCUGAGGGGGAAGCUGCAGGGCUUCACUCAUACGCAGAUGAAGGAGUUCGUCGUGUCGCAGGGCUUGCAGAGUAUCGAGGUGCCGCCAUCCAUGGGAAUCUUCUCGUCUGUGAAAGCUGCGCUGGUAGAGGAUGUCAUGACUGCGGUUGAAAAGAAGUGCACCGACACGACCUUGGCAGCCACGAUCCUCGUCGGCAACGUUGGCGACAAGGUGGCGAUCCUGCGCGACCAGCUGGCCAAGGCAAGCGCCACCACUACAACUGCGGCGGCAACAGCGGCGGUCGUGGCACCGACUGCGGGGCAGACGACUACUCCAACCAAGACUGCCAAGGAACCAGUCCCCAUCGCCGUCGACGACGGCAAGGGCAUUCCCCAGGGCGACUUCAACCUGACCAGCCUGGGGGUCACGCAGUGGAUCAGCAUGCUCACCGAUGAGGACCGCUCGAAACUAACAUACAAUAUUAAUGACACCAGCUUCCUUCUCGCCCUCACUUCUUCUCCCCGCCUUUCCUCCCAAAUUCGAGAGGAGCUGAAGUCCAACGGGCCCGACCACCUUGCCAUGACCAGCGCGACGAAGGCGCGGGUGAUCGCCUCUGUGCAGGGCCAUUUCAUGCCACCCGCUGACGGACUGCAAGGCCGCUUUCUCCGCGACGUGCUGAUUGACUUUUCCAGGAAGAAGAGCGUGGGGACCUUGACAGCUCGUCUGGCGGCAGACGCAACGACCACGGAGGCUCCCGAGUUCGUUUGUUGGGGCAGGGUGGUAGAUGCGAUCGCUGCGAGGAGCCUUCCGCGUGGCACUCUGCUUCCACUGGGGACAAGCAAUGGUUUGAGUUUGUUCCUGGAUGGCUCGAAGCUCCUCAACCCUUUGGUUUCAGACGCAUGCAUCGCAUGGAUGCUCCCGAUGAUCAAGGACGACGUGGACGGUGAGACCAACGCCGAUGUUGCCCCCUUGGUGGACAGCGCGGCCAACCCUGAGGCUGGUGCAUGCGCAGCUGGCAGCAGCAGCGGUGCCCAGCCGCCCAGCAAGAAGCGCAAGGGCGCCUCCGCUGCCAAGGCGCAGCAGGCGCAGCAGGCAGCACCCCCAGCAAAACCACAGCCGAAGAAGGCUGGCAAUCGCAAGAAGCUUUCUCACACGCACUCUGUCGAAUUCGAGACCGUGCAAUUUGAUGUCGAGGUCGACUCGACUGCCAAGGUUUUCACUUUCGAGAGGCCUUUCUUGAAAUCCAACCGUCCCCUCAAAGCAGGCGAGACUCUUCGUCGCAAAGCCUUCGAGUGGACGGAGGCCAACUCCCCAGGCGAGGUUGUCUCGGGCAG